AUGUCAGUUGUGCAGCGCCGACAGGUUUCCGUCCAAACUGAGGUGGAAGAAGCAACAGAUGGGACGACUAAUACAGCCCGCAUCGUGAAAACCACCAUCAGGACCAUUCACUGGGACGACCUGCCGCACUGGCUGCGUGAUAACCAACACAUCCACGCGGGCUACCGGCCAGCCUCGAAAUCUUUUGUGAAGAGCUUCAAAUCGCUCGCCUACAUCCACAAUGAGACCGUGAACAUCUACUCCCACCUCCUCCCGGCCCUCCUGUCCGUUCCCCUCUCCAUCGCAAUAUACAGAGCGAUCUCUCCCCGGUAUGAGACCGCAAGCCAUGCAGAUAUAACAGCCUUUGGCUGCUUCUUUGCCGGCGCGGCAUUCUGUCUUGGAAUGAGCUCCCUGUACCACACCAUAUCCAACCACUCUCCGCUGGUGGCGUACAUCGGCAACGCAUGCGACUAUGUCGGUAUCGUGGGCCUUAUCGCCGGUAGCUUCGUCCCCAGUGUAUACUACGGGUUUUACUGCAUGCCAAAUCUGCAAGUGCUGUAUUGGUCGAUGAUCUGUUUGCUAGGUCUCGGUUGCGCGACCGUCUCCACGAUACCCCGUUUCCGAACACCCGCCUGGCGACCGUUUCGAGCGACGAUGUUUGUGUCGAUGGGCCUCUCCGCUGUGUUCCCCGUUAUACAUGGUCUGGUUAUUUUUGGAUUCGCGCAGAUGCGACGGCAAAUUGGACUUUGGUGGCUACUGCUCCAGGGAUUCCUGUAUAUUCUUGGUGCGGCUAUCUAUGCGGCACGGGUUCCGGAGCGGCUGUGGCCCGGGAAGUUCGAUAUUGUGGGGCAUUCGCACCAGGUGUUCCAUCUACUCGUGGUGCUCGCUGCCUGUGCACAUUUAACGGGAUUGCUCGAGGCAUUCGAUUAUCGGCAUAGUGGUGUUGCGCCGGCUUGCGCUGGAUAG